AUGGCACGAAAUAGUGGGGCAGUGGACAAGACAUGGCAUGAGGGUAGGGGAGGGGAGGGGUCAAGGAACCUGGAUCUCUUGACCCCUCCUUCCUUCCGUCCGCCUGUUUGCCUUUCAUGUCCAUUCGCGCCUGUCUUCCCAUCGCGCCUGCGAUCCGAUCGCUUUCUCCGAUCGGCGGGUGUCAGGCUCCUCUCGUGGCCUUUCCAUCUCGACACCGAGAAGCUGUUAAAACUAACGAAGAAGCUGUUAAAAAAGGGGCUUCCGACCCACGACCUCCCUCCCCCCCUCGAUGACCUCCCACCUGACCGCCACGACCUCCCUCUCCCCCAGGUGUUCGACGGCUCGAACGAGCGCGGGAUCCGCCUGCACGGGAACGACGGCUUCCACGGCCCGCGCGCUCCGCCGAUGACCCUCACGGCGGAGAGCGGCUCCAUCUUCAUCCGGUUCGUCACGGAUCCUCUCCGGUCUGCCCGGGGCUGGGAGGCCAAGUUCUCAUCUGACUGUCCGAUGCUGAAGCCCGGCGCGGGGGCGAUCGCGUCGAACCGCGACACGUCCUUCGGCUCGAUCAUCAAGUUCACCUGCCCCGUGGGACAGGAAUUCGCGACGGGGCUGGAGGAGAUCCAGACCAUGUGCGAGGCGGGGGGGGAAUGGUCCGUCGACUACAUCCCGAAGUGCCAGGAGAGGUACUGCGGGCCGGUUCCGCAGAUCGACAACGGGUUCGCGAUCGGGGCGACGAACGUGACGUAUCGCGGACAGGCCACCUACCAGUGCUACGCCGGAUUCGGAUUCCCGUCCGGCCUUCCCGUGGAGACCAUCCGGUGCACCGCCGAGGGCGACUGGGAGAAGCUUCCGACCUGCCUCGCUUCUCAGUGCCCCAGCCUGCCGGAAGUAUCCCACGCCACGCAGAACAUCCUGAGCGGAAGCGGACGGAGCUAUGGGACUGUCGUCCGGUUCGAGUGCGAGCCGGGUUACGUCCGCUCCGGGACGCCAGUCAUCCUCUGCCAGUCUAAUGGCACCUGGUCCGGCACUGUGCCAUCUUGCUCGCGAAUGAGGUGCCACGACUUCCCAAAGAUCGAGAACGGAUUCAUCGUCAACAGCACGACCGAGUACUACUACGGGGACGAGGUCCGGAUCCAGUGCCACCGGGGCUACCAGCUCGUCGGCUCCAACUCCAUUCCCUGCGGGCCGGAGCAGGAAUUCGUCAACCUGCCCACCUGUCAAGACAUCAACGAGUGCUCCCAGGCCCAGUGCGACUCGGCGUCGACCGUCUGCACGAACCUCCCCGGCGCCUUCUUCUGCAAGUGCAAGGAGGGAUUCAAGCCGAAUCUGGACUGCAGGCCGGUCGGGGACCUGGGGCUGAGGUCGGGGGCGGUGCCGGAUGGGGCGAUACUUGUGUCGGGGCAGGAGAGGGGAUAUCCCAAGGAGGACGUGCGACUGAGCAGCGACGUGGGCUGGUGCGGGGCCUCCGGGAACCCGAACUCCAACUUCAUCGUGAUCGACCUGCAAGCGCCGACGGUGCUCAAGGGAUUCCGGACGCAGCCGGUCGUCCGGCACGACGGGAUCGUCGCCUUCGCCUCUGUCCUUCGCCUGCAGUAUUCGGACGAGCUGACCGACCUGUUCAAGGAGUACCGGACACCCAGCGGGGCUCCGGUGGAGUUCCGGAUCGGGGCCAGCUCCGGCCCCUCCGUCGUGAACCUGCCGAUCCCCGUCGAGGGCCGGUUCUUCCGGUUCACGAUCCAGGAUUACGUGAACGCGCCGUGCAUGCGGCUGGAGCUGAUGGGGUGCAACCGGCAGGAUUGCAUCGACAUCAACGAGUGCGCCGAAGGGAACGGGGGGUGCGAUCAGAAGUGCACUAACAAUGCGGGAUCCUACCAGUGCCAGUGCAGCGUCGGGUACGAGCUGUUCGCCGCGAACGGGACGGCGGGAUUCUACAUCGAGUCGUCCGAGACGGGGCUGAGAGACGGGGACAUCUUUCAGAUCAACAAGACCUGCGUGCCGAAGAUGUGCCCGCCGCUGGAGGCGCCGGAUCACGGGCAAUUGCUCGCGACGAAGAGGAAGUGGCACUUUGGGGACGUGGUGAGCUUCACGUGCGACUUUGGGUACAUCAUGGAGGGGUCGUCGUCUCUGCGGUGUCUGUCGACCGGACGGUGGAACGCGACCAUUCCCACGUGCAUCUGUGAGCACUUUUUUCUCUCAGGCUUUUGA